AAGUUCAAUAUGAUUCUAAAGGAUAACCAAUAACUUCUCUUGUAUUUUAUGUUUCUUAUUAAAUACAUCGCAGAAACUCAUUCAAAUUCGUCUUUUGAGAUUGGUGCUAGUAAAUCGGUGAUGUUGGAUCAUAACAUUAUUAAUUCCUUGUAUUGCUCCUUUUAUUGGAUGAUUAGUUGUUUCCUGCUUAACGAAAAUGAUUGUAAUGGAGAGCACACAAUGCUUUACUGAUAACACGACUAGAUCAAGGGAAAUCUAGGGAAGAUGACAGCAUAGUGCAGAGAAAGAAGUGGUUAAUGAUAAAUGAUAAAUUUCUGAUGGAGUAUGAGUGACUGAAUGAUAGUUACAAAAACUUCCCUUUCGUAUAUCUGCCUAGAUCUGAAAUUUUGCCAAUUUUGUAAAGCCAAAGUGUCUAUUAUUAGCUAUAGUUGAGGGAAUAAGCACAAGGAGAAUGCUUUUGUCUUUACAGUCACGGCUGCCAAUGGUGAACAAAGCUAAUUUGACUGAGUUACAUGCAUGAGGAAUAAGAUACCACUGUUUACGUGUUCAUUGUUUGGCUAUCUAACUGGUCUUUCGAUAUUGAAUGAGGGCACUAGAGAUGAGUUGAACUGGCUUGUUGUUAGACCAUUCUUUGAUACCAUUUCUGGUCAAUGGCCCGUAAAGGAAACCGACAGAAGUACAGAAAAGGAGUUUCAGUUUCUGGAUCUGGAUUGGUAAAUGAGAAUGAAAACAGUAGUCUGACUGAGGCAGAGGGCAAAAAUGCAGAACCUUUUAAUGGUAAUCUUUCCGGCAUAUCUCUAACAGAGAGCUUCAACAAUACACAUGAAAGUGAAGGCAAGAAAAGCAAGCACAAAUCUAGAAGAUCACUUAAAAAGGAAAAGGAAGAUAUUGAUACAUUGUCAACUGCAGAGGAAAUAGGGCCUGAAGAAGGCAGUGGUGCAGGAAUUUUCCAUAGUCAUAAAAGUAGAGGGGUGACUCCCGAGUCAAGAGAAGGUGGUGAGACGUCUCCGCAUACUAGUCACCGCUCAGACAAUUCAAAGGGAAGUUUUGGCCAGUUCGGAACAGGAUUAGAUAGAGACAAUAUAUUAGAAAAUUUUAAAGUGUCUAUUAUCGUAGUUUUUAGGAACUUGAUGACAUUGGCUCUGUCUGUCUCAAAGGCAUCAAUUCAGUGGUUAGAGAGGUGGAAACCUUUGCUUGACCCUUUAAGGAGCAAUUUAUUAAUUGCGAGUAAGCACGUUCAAGAAAAGGUUCAGCAUGCAUACCCUAUAGUGGUUCGGUGGAUCAUGCACAAUUUAUUCAUUGCGACUGGGUAUGUUCAAGAAAGGGUUCAGCAUGCAUAUCCUAUAGUGGUUAGGUGGAUCAUGCAUUUUGGAAAUAUAAUUAUUCUAUUAUCAAUGGUUUGGUUGGAUUGUGCUCUUAGAGGAAUUGAGUCCUUUCUAUGCAUGGGGAUGACUUCAAUUCUCUCAGUCAUCUGGUGGGGUGUUCUAUCUUUGAUUGCAGCCGCUAAAUUCAAGUUUCUACUGAUUUUGGCAGCAGUUGCUGUGAUUGGACUUCUUACUGGGUUCAUCAUCGCAGUUCUAGGAGUUGCUGCAGUGAGCAUCAGUUACUUGUGGUUCUAUGGAAGAUUUUGGGCAGCGGUGCUUCUGGUCUUGAGUGGAGGAGUGCUUUACAGGUUGAAGCAUGAACGGCUUGCGGUGUUUGUCAUAAAUUUGUAUUCUGUAUAUUGCGCAUGGACAUAUGUCGGAUGGAUUGGUUUAAUCUUUGGUUUGAAUUUAUCAUUUGUUUCGAGUGAUAUUCUCAUAUUCUUCUUAAGAAACAAUGUAAAUGAUCAUAGAAGGCCAAACAGCUUUCCUGAUCAAACAACUGGAGUACAAGGUGAACCUAGCUUCUAUUCUGGUGGAUCAGUGCCUCCAUCUGCUGAUGAUGCGUAUGUUCAUACAGCUGAUCGUGGCACUGGGAUCCCUUCAACUAGUGGAUCUGACACUGAUAUGACAUCUGAAGACGAAGUUCUCAGAUUGUUAAACAGUACAGAUCACUAUUCAGCACUGGGCCUGAGCCGAUUUCAGAAUAUAGAUGCUUCAGUUCUCAAGAAAGAAUAUAGGAAAAAGGCAAUGCUGGUUCAUCCUGAUAAAAACAUGGGCAAUGAAAAGGCUGCUGAAGCUUUUAAGAAACUUCAAAACGCCUAUGAGGUCUUACUUGAUUCUUUAAAGCGAAAGGCAUAUGAUGAUGAAUUGAGGAGGGAAGAGCUGCUGGACUACCUUCGGCGGUUCCAAAGUCCUUCGCAGAAGGGUAGAGGCUAUGGGUUCUUCACCUCUGGAUUCACACAGACAGAAGCUGCGGCAGAGGAUUCUCUUGCAGACGCUCGACGAAUUACUUGCAAGAAGUGUGGCAACUUUCAUGUCUGGGUUGUCACUAAGAAAACAAAGUCCAAAGCAAGAUGGUGCCAGGAAUGCAAUGAUUUUCAUCCAGCAAAAGAUGGAGAUGGAUGGGUUGAACAGCCUUCACAUCCAUUCUUUUUUGGAAUGCUACUGAAGGUAGAUAACCCUGUUGCCUAUGUUUGUGCUGAUAGCAGGAUCUAUAAUGCUACUGAAUGGUAUAUCUGUCAGGGAAUGAGAUGUCCGGUCAACAGUCACAAGCCAAGCUUCCAUGUAAAUACAAUGAAGAGCAGCAAUGGGAAGAGAAGUAGCUCAGGACAAAGAGGCCCAAAUAUGGAAGAGACCAUGACCGAGGAGGAAUUUGUUGAGUGGCUACAGAAUGCCGUACAAUCUGGUACGUUUGGCGAUUUUGAUGGCAGCACACCACAGAGAUCAGCUGGCACUAGUACUAGCAACAGCGCUAGUGGAAGCAAGAGAAAGAAAAAGGGGAAGAAGCAAUGCGACAAAUUUUGAUUCCAAACUAGUCAAACUCACCUCCAAUUUGCCUCAAUUUUGUAUAUAUCCUCGUCCAUGUAUUUCCAACGAAUUUCAAUCACACCUACUAAAGAUUAUUUUUUUUUCAUGGGUCUUUUUAGUGUAAUAGAUUCUAUGGCUAAGCGAGUGGCGACUAUUCUAUUUUUUUGA